GGUCGCGUGAAUAGGUUUCUGAAGAAAGGCCACUACGCCAAACGCAUCGGCGGCGGUGCGCCGAUCUACCUCGCUGCCGUGCUCGAAUACCUCUCCGCGGAGGUGCUGGAACUAGCGGGCAACGCCGCGCGCGAUAACAAAAAGACCCGGAUCAGCCCGCGGCACCUCCAACUCGCCGUGCGCAACGACGAGGAGUUGCAUCGGUUGCUUCACAAGGUCACGAUAGCGCAAGGCGGCGUGCUGCCCAACAUCCACGCCGUGCUUCUCCCCAAAGCGUCCAAAGCAGGCAAAGCAGCCACGGCCGACGAGGGGGCCGUCAAGACGCCGGCCAAGACCGCGGGUGGGAAGGGGAAGACGGGGGGUGGCAAGACGGGGGGGAAGACGACGCGGGCGGGAUGA